AUGGCCACCCUCCCACUCCUGCGCCCCUCCGUCCUCCGCCACAAUAUCAAUCCCCUCCACCGCAAACUCCAUCCACCCCCUCCCCACAGCACCCAUCUCAAAUUCCCGCAGCCAUCAAAACCUGUCACUUCCCCUAUGUCCGUCUCCGCAUCCUCCAAAACUCCAACCCCCGCCGCAGACCGUCUAAUGUCAGCCGCAUCCUACUGCUACCCCCUCUUCAAUGGGUUCCAAUACGGCCGCUUCCUCUUAUCCGAGUACCCCAUUUUAGCGACUCCCUUUAAACCCAUCAUCCCUGUCGUGUCUGCCUACCACUCCAUCCCCUACGCCUCCUUCAUCUCCUUCUUCGCCUUCUACCUGGGCAUCGUCCGAAACCCGAACGUCAGCCGGUACGUCCGUUUUAACGCUCUUCAGGCUCUGGUACUCGACGUGGUCCUGGUGGUGCCGAUGAUGGUGCAGCAGAUUUUGUCUCCGGGGCUGAAUCUCACCAUCUUGGGAUACAAUUGCCUCUUUGUGUUCUUGGUGGCUUGCUUUGCUUAUGCACUUGGGUGUAGCGUGCUUGGGAAGACUCCUUACUUGCCUUUUAUUGCUGAGGCUGCCAGCAGACAAUUGGAUUACUCCUAAGUUUCUCACAUAUUUCUGA